AUGUCGCACGAGCUAGGUCAGUGGCAAGGUACGGAUCUGUCUAUGCUCAUGGACGACAUGGACGACUCGCGCCUGUUCAUGCAGUGGGCGGUGAGCACACUGCAGCAGCAGGAUCCAGGAGGAGCCGGCGGCGGCAGCGAGAAGAGCGCCGGCUUCCCCUGUCUCCAGGCGCUCCGCGAUUCCUCGGAGCUAACGGAAGCACAGAACAGUCUGAGCUCCGGCGACGACACCGGCGGCGGUGGAGGAAUCAUCACCCCAGCCCCCGAUUUGGCUGUGCACCAAGGCAGUUGGUCCAUGUCGUCCCCGACCUCGGGCGGGCCUUUCGCGCCCAGCAGCAUGAGCAGCACCGGCACCAGCAACGCCUUGUCCAUGAGCUGGGACUUCGGCGCUACCUUGCCGCCGCAGCCGGUCAGCAGCGGUGGCGGGGGCACGCUGGCCGCCGGGGCGCCGCUUCGUUCCGGCGUGUCACAGCCAACGAGGAGGGCCUCCACAAAGAGCAGGCCGUACGCGCAAGACCACAUCAUGGCGGAGCGGAAGCGCCGGGAGAAGAUCAACCAGCGCUUCAUCGAGCUCUCCGCCGUCAUUCCCGGCCUCAAGAAGAUGGACAAGGGGACGAUUCUUGCCGACGCGACCAGAUACGUGAAGGAGCUCCAAGAGAGGGUCAAGUACCUGGAGGCUGCCGGCGGCAACCACAGGAGCGUUGAGACCGUGGUGCUCGUCAGGAAGCCACGGUGCCUCGUCGGCUCGGACGGCGAGGCCUGUCCAGGGUUCUUCUCGGCAGCUGGGAUGCCGGCAAAUAGGAGCCAGCUGCCGGAGAUCGAGGCAAAGCUCUCGGAGGACAACGUCAUGGUGAGGAUCCACUGUGAAAUAAAUGGAAAGGGUCUGGUCGCCAGGGUUCUUGCGGAGGUCGAGGAGCUCCACCUCCGCAUCGUCCACAACGAUGUGAUGCCGUUCACGGCGUCCACCGUGAUUAUUACCACCAUGGCGAAGGUGGAGGAGGGUUUUACCGUCAACACAGAGGAGAUAGUAGGAAGGCUCAACUCUGCAUUGUACCAACAUAGCAGCAACAACAACAGUGGCAACAACAAUUAUUAA